GGGGAGAGGAGGAUGAGAUGGGGAGAGGAGGAUGAGAUGGGGAGAGGAGGAUGAGAUGUGGAGAGGAGGAUGAGAUGGGGAGAGGAGGAUGGGAUGGGGCAAGAAGGAUGGGAUGCGGAAGCAAGGAGGGCUGGAUGGGACAGGCGUUUGGGGAUGGGGAAGGGACAGUCGCUCGAGGGGAGAUCAAACCUGCACCUGCCCUGAGAUCAUUGCAGAAAAUGGGGAUGUGAAAUCAACCCUGCUGCUGACUGCAACCAGUGACUCGGCUCAACCCAGCAGACGAGUGAGGAUGGGAUGGGGAAAGGGAUAGAUGCAGAAGGGGAGAUUAGACCUGCACCUGCCCUGCGGGAGCUGCAGAAGAACGGGCUCCAGCAGCCCUGCCGCUGACUGCUGCUUCAGACUGACUCGGCUCAACCCAAGAGACAAGAGGGAGGAUGGGGUGGGGAAGGGAUGUUGGUGGAGAGGAGGUUGGAGCUGCUCCCCUGCCCUGCAAGCAUUGCCGGCAAAAAGGCCACACCAGACUAACUUGACUCAGCACAACGGGCAACACAGUUUGCCACAUCUGACUUGACGCAUCCGAAGAGGCACGCGGCUGUGACAAGAGCGGGUGAAAGGCGGAGGGCGCAUUGCCGCCAAACAGUGCACUGGCCCAUGUAAGUGCUCAGGUGGCCACAGCAGCAGCAGUGGGGCACGCAGGCAGACACACGUGACUAAUUCGACGCAUCCCAAGAGGCACACGGCUGCGACAGGAGCGGAUGAAAGGUGGAGAGCCCAUUGCCUUCCAGUGCACUGGCCCAUGUAGGUGCUCAGGCGGCCACAGGAGGCGUUGCUCGUUCCGUUCUGAGAUGUCUCAAAGGGGGAGGGCGGAGGGCCCAUUGCCUUCCAGUGCACUGGCCCAUGUAGGAAUUCGGGCAGUCACAGUAGCAGCAGUGGGGAAAGCAGGCAAGCAAGCAAGCAGGCAGCCACAACUCACUGACUCGAUGCAGCCCGACGGACAACAGACUGCAGCCGGUGCAUAGCCCGAGUGCACUCGAGCCCUUCUGUGGGAGUUUAGUUGGCCACAGCAGCAGCAGUGGUGCAACUAGCCUGGCACAGCAGCAGAAGCAAGACAUUUUGGCAGCCAGGAAUGCGAAGAUCGGAAGCAGUGGCAGCAGUUGAGUGAGUAUCUCGAUGGUCCUAGGCGGUUCUAGACAGUUCCAGACGGUUCUAGACAGUUUGAGUUGAGACUCCGGAACAUCCUUGCAUUCUUGUAUCGCCAUUCCCGUGCAUUCAAUCACCCCUCAUUCAGCACAGGUCAGCCCACCCACCACCCACCAUAUUCUUUGUGCAUCUUUGGGAUCUGCUCAAGGGUCACCUCAGUAGUCUGCCAGCUUCAGCGGGCGUCCAUUGGCAAUGACAGCUCAAACUCAAACAACAAUGACAGCUUCAGCUUCUCUCUAGGCGACGGUGCAUGAUUUGCGCUCGGGCUCAAGGUCUCGUCGGCAUCACCGAAGCGAAAUGGGUUAGAAGAGGGUUUAGCUAGGUAGGAGACAGAAGCGAGAGAAAGGGGUCGACUAGAGAAGAGAGAGAGCUACAAGAGAAGUGUUGUCCCCUCUACAGCAAGAACCAGUACCAGUAAAGCACCUACCUAGCCAACACACACAUAUAUAUAUAUAUAUAAAUAUAUAUAUAUAUAUGUAUACCUACCUAUAUGUUGACACACCCCCUAGGCUUGGUAGGCUCUACUCAAGCAAUAGGCCAGGGCAGCACUACUAAUCUGUCCACUGGUUUGAGUAGUAAGACAGUCUGAGCACAC